CAGGAGUAGAGCUUUUAUUUAAAUAAACAAGUUGUUUGGGCUGAAGAUUUCAAUUACUCGUCACCAAUUUUUGUGAAUAUUAUUUCAGAAAAUUUAGCUUUUCACUUGUUUCUUUAGGUAAGCAGUUUCGUUAUUUGAUUUUAAUGAUUCAUGGAGACCAUGACCCGAAUGCAGCUCUUUAGUGAACAUACUAUUGUGACAGGUAGGUUUGGAAACCUGCUUGAAACUUGUUUGCAUUGUUACCACUCAGUAGAGACCCGAGUUAAAACCGGAUUCUUACAUGUUUUGAGAUCUUGUACAGUUCGACAACCUGAUGAGGCACCAAAGAAAAGACACAAGCUGUUCCAACAGCUUGCAGAGUUCAGUGACACGAAGUAGAGUUUAGUGACAUGAAAGUAAAUAAGUACGUAACCGAAUAAUAAUACGAUGGAAGCGCAUUAAAGAAACGUUAAAAUCAAGGAUUGCGUAGCUGCAGUUGGGGACUAUCCCUUCCUUUCACCCCAAAAACUUGUCACCCCUUCAAAAUCGUGCUCCUCACACAGAGGCCUGGAAACAAGGAUAGUUGUCAGUUCACUUCGUCCAAAGAGAGGAAGGCAGAAAUGACUUCCCAGAGGAACGAACAAGAGAACUUGCGGACUUCGAUUUUCUCGAUCGAAUUAUCUAAAGGUCCGCGCUCUCCUCCUAUGAGGAAAGGAACAGCCUUCACAGUGAAACUGGAUGGAUCAUUUUCAACCUAUUUGAUGACUAGUUGCUCAGUGGUUGAACGAAGUGGAGCAACUUCCUCAAGCCGGCUAACUUGUAAGCGAUUUGGUCAGUCUCUUCCGGAGGAGAAACAUCCUAUAAACCCAGAUUCAGCAGAAUCUACAAAAAUGGAAGAAUUCUGCUUUAUUCCUUACGAAUCGCCUUCGAACUUAAAAUUAAUCAGCGCCGAUAAGCUGUGCAAAGAGGGAGAAAUGAUGACGCGGAAGUCUACUUGCAAAUCAUUUACAUUCUUAGGAAAUUCCUUCACCAUCAUGACUUGGGAAUUCAAAAAUGAUGAAGAGACUUAUGUUUUAACCGGAAUUGAUUCUGAUGUGGAGCUUGUUGCGAGUUCUUGCAGGGGAUCGCCUGUAGUUUCCAUCGACGAUCUACGGACGGUUAUUGGAGUGGUGACCUGCUCGUCAAACGGAGACCUUGAAUUGCUCUUCCUCGAAGCAAACUCUCUACGUGAAAUAGAAGGACAACUUAAAGCCAGAUGUUCAGAUGACAGUGGAAUUGAUGUUGCAGACUCUCCCUUAAUUGUACGUGGUCCACCAUCAUCUGCGUCUGCCCGUCAUCAACGAAAUACACAUCCAGAAGAUACUGGAACUAAUGCCCAAACAUCAUCUGAAGGUUUAGAAAAACGUCUAUCACAUGUGUCAGUUCAGGAGACAACUCCACAUACAACACAGACUUCCUCCCAUGAAAGUAAACCUGAAAAGAUCAGAUGCAUUUGGGAUGAACAGGUGUCAUCUUUGAAAUCUUCUCAAGAUUUGAUGAAUGAUUUGAAGUUACAUCUGGACCCAAAGAGGGAUCUUGGUGGAGAUUAUUGUUCAUUAGCAAGUGCAUUUGGAAAAAACAUGAAGUAUAUAUGGUAUUUGGAUUCAAGACCGAGUCCUGUUGAACAUUUGAUACGAGAUUACUGUGCGACUUUAAGACAGCUUGAAAGGGCAUUAAUUAGUCCUAUGGUCAACCGAGGAGAUGUUUCAGACAUAGUUAAGGAGUGGGUUGAAAAAGAGGGUUGUCACUGUGAAGAAUGUGGUGGUAUUCGUUAGGGUUUGAUCUAAUUUGCAGGUGUUAUUUCUUUCUACUUAUUUCCAAGAUUCUACAGUUUGCCUGUGGGUGAGUAAACCACAUUUUUUGAUAAAGUGGAACACUAGAUUUCUUCUGGAAUCACAGGAAAUUACACCAGUCCUAUAGAUAAGGCCAAAUUGAUAUUUCCAAAGUUGACAGUUUUGUCACUUGGAAGUGGAAGUUGCCGAAUUAAGCAAGGAAAAGGUACUUUAUGACCAAUUAUCCAUUUAACCCACAAUGUUGUCAGUAAUAAUUAAAACAUUUAACUGCUAGUCAAGAUAGUUUUGCAAACUUAAACAAAUGAUUUAAAAGAAAUGAGUGCAGUAAGAAGUUAGUAUUUGUGAUAGCCUUUGGGACUGGUUAUCAUUUCACAGGUGUCAAAACUCAACUUUAGCUCCUGUAGAGUUUAACAGAUAAAAUGAUUGCUAAAAAGUAGAUACGAUAAAGAUGAUUACUAAUACAGUGAUAUAAUCUGUCCUUGAGAAGGAUAUUCCCAAUGUUGGAAAAACCAGGAAAUCACUUCCUUUUCAUCUAACAUACAUGUUGUCACUGUACCUUUAAACCUCAUAGAUAUUUAAUUUACCUUACUGACCAAAGUAGAGGUGAAUAAUGGUGGAUAUUUACCGAGCUGAGAAGCCGCAAGGUGAAUAUCAACCACUUUCUCGAACACUUGGGUGAAUAAUUGUUUUAGUAUAUACCACACAGAUACCAAAAAAUUAGUUUUAAUAAUUUCUUUCAAUAUACUGAUGCAUUGCCUUACUUUUUACUUGCACAAAUUUGUCAAAACUGUGGCCAGUGCAGUUGCAGAGCUCAAAGUAUAGAUGAAAAACAACAAUGCAAGGGAUAAUGAUGAAUGUAAUUUUUUAGUGUCUUUAAAAGAUGAAGCAAGAAGGUGUAGCUUAUGUUUAAUCCACUUUAUCUUUAACAGAUGUCUUGAAAUAUGCUGCACUAUAAGUGUUUUUAGGCAUGUAUUUUUGCUAAGUAUUUAUAGUUCUAUACUUAUUUUAUUCUCUGUAAAUUAGGAAUGAGGGUAAAUAUUGUUGUGAAACUAUUAAAAAUUAUCUAGUAGGUACCUGAAUAUUUUUAAGUUCAAUGGAGUAUUUUUUUUUAUUCUGGCAGUAAGUGAAUAAGUUCAGUACUGCUCAUCUGUUUACUUUGUGGCUCACCAAAACCACUGCUAGCAGAAACUAUUAGAAAGUAAUUGCUUUUAGUAAAGUAACCAAGACACUGUAUCUUCAGAGUAGUCACUUAAUAUGGUGAACCAGAAAUUUGACUCAUAUUAGGUAGCAAUUACGGCAAACAAAGUUUUCAGUUGUUGUAAUUGUUGUUUUUUGUAAUGAUAGCAUAACAAUCUUCUUAGGUUGUUGGGUGGAACUCUCAAAAAUAUUUUAUGUGCUUUAUGCAUCAAUCAAUUUGAUGCUUCAAAUUGAAAAAAGGACAUGGUCAGUUUUACCAACAAGAAGAGAUCUCAACACAAAGAUGAACUGUAACACUAAACUUUAUUAUUCACAAAAUUGUCUUCAUAAUAAAUAGUUUGAUAGAAGUCUCUCAAAAAAUAAUUUGUCAUACAAUGUGAUGGUCUGAAAGAUUCCCUAUCAAACAAAUCUUGUGGUAACUGUAACAGUAUAAAAUAAAUAUCUCAAUUGGGAUAGAUUUCUCAA